AUGGUGGUGCUGGACCUCAAGGUCGCAGUCCCCGAAGAAGCACUCCUCAGAAAUAGUUACAAGAUCUUGAACACCAUCUGCCAAGGCAGCUUUGGGGAAGUGAAGCUUGCCUGGCACCUCCUCACUGAGACCCAGGUGGCCUUGAAAAUCCUGCCAAGGAACUCCUCCAUCAUCACAUCAGAAAUUGACAUCAUGAAAUCUCUCAACCAUCCCAAUAUCAUCCAACUUUAUCAGAUAAUCAACACCACUGUUAACACCUACCUUGUGAUGGAGCAUGUGAGUGGAGGAAGGCUGCUUGACAGGAUCCAGGAGGAUGGCUAUCUGCAGGAAGAUGAAGCCCGCCGACUUUUUCAACAGAUUGGGAGUGCUGUGCAUUACUGCCAUUCAAAAGGUGUGGUGCACAGAGAUCUGAGGCCAGAAAAUAUCCUGAUGGAUGGUGAGGGUAUCAUCAAACUCAGUGACUUUGGGUUAGGCAUUCAGGUGAACCCUGGGCAGAAGCUGCAGUCUUUCUUUUGCAGCCUCCCAUUUUGUGCCCCAGAGCUCUUGCGGGGAAAAGAGUAUGAUGGGCUUGCAGCUGACGUGUGGAGCCUGGGAGUCCUCCUCUACUUUAUGACCACUGGCUGCCUCCCUUUUCAAGCACCUACCAGUCUUGGGAUAAAGCAGAAGAUCCUGCGUGGGAGAUACUCCAGCCCAUCUCACCUUUCUACAAACGUGCUAAAUGUAAUCAGCCAGUUACUCACCCUGGACCCCAGCAAGAGGCCCUCGAUAGACUACAUCAUGCGGGACCUGUGGCUCAUGGAAGAUGAGGUGCCUUCCCUUGAGUUUUCCUUGGAGGAGUUCCCCAGUCUCCCAGACCCCAUCAUCAUAAACAUCAUGGCUGACUUAGGGUAUGACCCAUAUGAGGUCCUGGAAUCUUUAAAAGCACAAACCUUCGAUGAAGCAAUGGCUACGUAUCUGAUAUUAAAACACAAGAACCAUUGGCAGGAUAGCCAGGAGAACCACAUGAGGCCCGUGCAGCCAGGCGUUACACCACCUGUGACUCCUGCUGAUCUUUCUACUUUCCCUCUGCCACUGAGCAGAGUCAGCGAGCCCGCCCCUCACACCUUCCCCUGUAAAUGUCAACUUCCCGAGGAUGAGAAACAUUUAAGGAUGGGAAGGAGGGCCAUCAUGCCUGCUGCUCCCCACUGCUCUCUGAUGAAGAGGACCAUCUCUUAUUUCAGAGUAGCCUGCCAUCACAGUGAUGAGCUUGCCCUCUGCACCCACUCCAAGAGUAGCUGCGAAGCUGGGCUAGACAUCUUUCAGGACACAUGGCCAGAAAAUAACUCACUUCCCAUGGUGGAUCUUCAGCCUCAGAACACAAAGUGCGCUCGUGCAACAGAGAGAAUCUUAUCCUCUGGAGAUCUGUCACCAGAACCAGUGUCGUCCCCCAGUGAUCAGCCCACGGGUGUGCUGAUAGCCUGUUCCCACAGACACUGCCCAGGCUGCAAGAGGGUGAUGAGGAGGAUGGUGAACUGUGCAACAAAACUAUGUUGCUGCUGCUGCUGCUGCUGUGUGCCAAUCCAGAGGAAAAGUCAGGUCUCCAGGAACAAAGUGGUUCCAGACAAAGGGCAGGAGAGUGGCAAGACACCCAAAGCCAGGAGAUGA